AUGCUUAAGGGGGGAAAAAUUGCCCCGAUAACGGCACAAGCAGGAGUAACAGGUCAGCAGCAAUAUUCGCUUCAGCAGCAGCAGCUGCUGCAAAAGAAUUGGAAACACGGUUCUGAAGCAACAACAGCAGCAGCAACAGCGGCGGCAGCAGAAGCAACAGUAGCUGCAACAGCACAGAGCGGCGAGACAAGCAACCAGUGUGCGGUCCUAUGGGAAGCUUUAGCGGACCUUCACUCUCAUCCCACUUAUCUGCUGCAGUGUCCGCAGCAGCUGCUGCGUCUGCGGCGGCAGCUGCUGCAGCAACAACUGCAGCAGCAACUCCUUGCGGAGGGCCCCUGGGGGGAGCCCAUGAGGUUUGCUGCAGGCAAGGAAGCGCCGAGGACCCUCACGGCGGCGCUGCGGUGGGUCCCGCGUGCAGCAGCAGCAGAAGCCGCUGCCUUUGUCUCCCUGCUGCAGCUGCUGUAUACCCGUGGGGGAGCUGCUGCACUUGGAAUCCAGAAGCAGCAGCAGCAGCAGCAACAGGAAAAGAGACACAGCUUCUCUGCCGACGCUUCAGACGUAUGUGAAAGAAGCGACGAGGCUGCAGAGUCCCAUUUUCCACUUGUAAAUCAGCAACAGCAACAGCAGCAAGAGCAGCAACAGCAACAGCAACUACAACCGCAACUGCAGCAGCAGCAGCAGGUGCGGGGUUGGCUGCCGCUUUCAGACGCAGCAACUCUCCCCACUGAGGCUGGCAGCAGCGCAGCCACGCUACAGGAGCUGCUGAACCCCGCAGCCUUGCUAGAAGGGUCCCUUGAGGCUCUUCACGGGCCCCUUGCUGCUCAGCUUGCUGCUGUUCUCGACAGUAGCAUAAACAGCAGCAGCACCAGCACCAGCAGCUGCGGCAUCACAGCGUUCAAAAUAGGCUUGCUGCUAGAACAAGCAGCAGCGGCUACUGAGCAAGCAAUCGCUGCUGCCGUUCAGAACUCUCCUCAAAAGCGUCUUGAGAGAGAGCAGCAUCAGCAGCAGCAGCAGCAACAGCGGCAGCCGCUGCUGGUGCGUUUCUUGUUGGAUCUUUCAACGAGGGUGCUGGACAGGCUCGAGACCCAGUGGGACUCCUCGGCGCUGCUGCUGCCGCAGCUAUCCGCAGCAGCAGCAGCAGAAUGGGCCCCCGCCGCUGAAGAGGGGGCUCCACCCCGCAGCAGUUUGCCUCCGUUUCUAACGGCUUUUGCCUCGCGCCUGCAAGACCUGCUGUUAGCGUACGCAGCUUCUCUUUCUUCUCUGCAGCAGCCUCAGCAGCAGUUCCAGCAGCAGCCCCAGCAGCAGCAGCAGCAGCAGCCGACGCGCGCUGUGAGUCGCCUGGAGACGCUGGUAGGCCGCGACGUGUCCCGCUGCCUCAACUACUGUCUGCAAAUGGCUCACUUCAUGGGCAAGGCCUCGAGCUGCGUCUUUCUUAUAAAUUCGUUUUCAUGCUUGAGGGCCUCGCUGCAGCUGCAGAGUUUGGCGUUCAUGUGGGACGCCAGCCUGCAGGAGCAGCAGCAGCAGCUGCUGCAGGAGCAGCAGCAGCUGCAACAGCAGGUCUUGGUGCUGCAGGAGGCUGUGUCAAUGCGUGUGCAUCGGCAGCAGCGCCAACUGCUGACGCAGCUAAUAGAAGAGAAGACAGAAGAGUUAGGUAACCUGUUAGGUUUGGGGCUCUACGGCAGCAGCAGCUUGAGUCGCUGCAUGCAGGAGGCACCUCCUGCAGCCGCUGCAGCCACUUCUGCUGCUGCCGCUGCUGCUGCUGCCGGCCCCACCCUCAGGACUGGCGAUGCAUGCAAGCAGUUCAUUGCUGCAGUUCUAGGCUCCCCAAAAGCCCUCGACAUGCCCCUCCUUGCUGCUAUAAACGAGGGGGCAGCCCGCCGCCGCACCCGGGCCAUUGCCUUGGGGCUGCUGCUGGCGAAGUACACAGAGCUCUACAGCAAAGCUGCUGCAGAAUGCACACAACCCCCUCCACACUCGCCUCAGGAGCUCAAACUCAUAUUCGACCUAUAA